CAACAUUGGCAGUUGCGACACACAAAAACAACACCAACGUUCUUUCUAAAUACAGACCUUGAAAAUGAUCAGCCUCGUUGCUUUCGAUCUCGAUGGAACGCUUGCCAUCAGCAAGCAGCCAUUGAAGGACUCUAUGGGUGAGGCGCUGGCCGACCUCCUAGCUGUUGCCCACGUCUCCAUCAUCUCAGGGGGUGACUGGCCACAAUUCGAGAAGCAAAUCGCCAGCCGCUUGCCAGCACGUGCCGAUGUAACUAAACUAUGGCUUAUGCCGACCACUGGAACCAAGCUAUACCAGAACAAGGGUGAUGGGUGGAAGGUGGUAUAUGCCGAGCUGUUCACCGACGAGCAGAAGAAGGAUAUCCUCGAGGCAUUUGACGCUUCGCUGGAGGCCACUGGCUUCACACCAGAGAAGACCUGGGGCGAGCGAAUUGAAGACCGCGGCAGCCAGAUUACCUUCUCGGCGCUUGGCCAGGAAGCACCCAUCUCCGCGAAGCAGCAUUGGGACGCCGAUUUCGCCAAGCGUAAGGUGAUCCAGGUUGACUUGCAGAAGCGCCUGCCCGAUCUGUCGAUCAACAUGGGCGGCACAACCUCGAUCGAUAUUACAAGGAAGGGUGUUGACAAGGGAUACGGUCUGAAGAGGCUGAGCGAGGCGACCGGGCUCCCCCUUGAACAGAUGAUGUUUAUCGGCGAUGCCAUCUUCCCAGGUGGUAACGACUAUCCUGCCAAGCAGAUCGGGCUGCCCACUGUUGACGUCAAGGACCCAGAAGGCACUCUUUCCGCAAUUGCUGCCAUUGUCGCGUGCCUCUCGUAGUACAUCAAGUCACGGAAGCUGGAUUUCAAUUCUACCGUAUUUAGACGUGCAUGGUCGCGUUCACUCGAUGAUUAUUGAUGGCGAUAUGUCGCCAAGAUUACUGGGAUAUGGGCUUCAACUCUUGCAAGAUCCAAACUUAAACCAAGAUGGAAUGGACAGGAAAAGUGAAAUGGGAUGGGAAUCGUUUCUAAUUCGACCAGACGAUGGCACUUGGCCAAUCUGUUUGUCACAUCUGGGUAUAUAGACCGCGAAACUGCCACAAAUUUAGUCACUGAUAUUGAGAAAACCCC